AGACCCAAGGAUACUAUUAUUCAAAAUAAAAUUAAGAGGAAGAAGGCAGUCAAAGGUGAAUUCCAACCAAAAUAGGCAAAAAAUUAAUGGAUACAAACAAGAAAAAAAUAUAAAUUUUGACUAAAAAAAUGUCUGAUCAGGUAAAAUAUAAAUUUAUAAUCCAUUUUAUACCGAAUAUAGACAUAAACAAAUAGAAACUCAAACACUAGAGCCUCAUCGCAAUUCGCAUCCCCAAUACAAACAAAAAAAAAAGUAAGAUUAUUUUUUGUUGAGAAAUACUUGCAAGUUCUUCCAAUUCAUUUUGUAAAACCCUAAUUUCGAUCCCUUUUCCAUUUCUCUCUCUAAAACCCAAUUUUCCUCUCUCUAAAGGCAACAAUUUUCGAUCUUUCCGUUAUCCCACUCCGAUUUAUUGCUCCAAUUUCUCAUCCCUUUUCAAUUUCCCCAUAACACGACGUAGCUUUCUGAAAUCCCCAAUUAGAUCGACCCUGGCUUCGAUUUCGAUUUGAAUUUUGUAAUUAGGGUUUCGCUUAAGGUUAUUCAAGGCUGGCGGGUAUUCGGGUCAAGUAAAUGGCGGAUCCGCCUGGUAUCCGCCUCCGUAAUUGCUUCAAUCACGGUGUUAAAUUAACAGUUCGGAGAACCAUUGAAUUUGGUGUUGGAUUUUUGUUUGUGAUAGGGUUAUACAGUGUGGUGAAGAUUGCGAAAAGUGAAGAAUGCUGAACGUGCUACGUGUGCACCUUCCUUCUGAUAUUCCCAUUGUUGGGUGUGAGCUUACGCCUUAUGUGCUCUUACGACGAACUGAUAAGACCGUUACAACCGACGAUGUUACCGAAAUCUCUCCCUUAGAUGGGCAUUUCUUGCGUUAUAAGUGGUAUCGUGUACAGAGUGAUAAAAAGGUUGCUGUUUGUAGUGUGCAUCCAUCCGAGCAGGCCACACUGCAGUGCCUAGGUUGUCUCAAGGCUAAAAUACCAGUUUCCAAAAGCUAUCAUUGCACUCCAAAGUGUUUCUCAGAUGCAUGGCAGCAUCACCGAGUCUUACAUGACCGUGCUGCAAGUGCAGUAAAUGAAAAUGGAAACGAGGAGGAGGAGGUAUUUGGGAGAUUUAAUAAUUCUGGGUCUGGGUCAAUCAAUACCACCUUAUCCUCCUCUGCAUCUAGUACUAGCCUGACAAACGGAAAUGUGUAUCCUGCAACUGUUUCACAACGAAAUGGCGGUGAAACUUGGUUUGAAGUUGGACGAUCAAAGACAUAUACCCCAUCAGCUGAUGACAUUGGUCAUGUCCUUAAAUUUGAGUGUGUUGUAGUUGAUGCAGAGACAAAGCUUACUGUGGGGCACACAAACACUAUACUAACUUCCCGGGUCAUUCCUGCUCCCUCACCUAUCCCGCGCCAACUAAUACCUGUUGACACAAUGGGUAGUUUGGAUGAUAGGCGUAUAACAUCGUCGGGAACUUUUACUGUUUUAUCAUACAACAUAUUGUCUGAUUCAUAUGCCUCAAAUGAUCUAUACAAUUACUGCCCUUCGUGGGCUCUUUCCUGGCCGUAUCGCAGACAAAAUUUGCUACGAGAAAUAGUUGGUUACCGUGCCGAUAUUAUUUGUCUCCAGGAGGUUCAAAGUGAUCAUUACGAUGAAUUUUUCGCUCCUGAACUGGACAAACAUGGAUAUUAUGGUCUUUACAAGAGAAAAACAAAUGAGGUAUAUAAUGGCAACAUAAAUACAAUUGAUGGUUGUGCAACAUUUUUCCGUAGAGACAGAUUCUCGCAUGUGAAGAAAUAUGAGGUUGAGUUUAAUAAGGCCGCACAGUCCUUAACAGAUGCCAUGAUUCCAACCACUCAGAAGAAAAAUGCCUUGAAUCGGCUAGUUAAGGAUAAUGUCGCACUAAUAGUUGUUUUAGAAGCAAAAGUUAACAAUCAGCCUAUUGAUAAUCCAGGGAAAAGACAGCUUCUGUGUGUGGCAAAUACACAUGUAAAUGUCCACCAAGAUUUAAAGGAUGUCAAGCUCUGGCAGGUGCACACUCUCUUAAAAGGAUUGGAGAAAAUUGCUGUCAGUGCAGACAUUCCCAUGCUGGUUUGUGGAGACUUCAAUUCAGUUCCGGGAAGUGCUCCUCACGCACUUCUUGCAAUGGGAAAGGUAGACCCAUCUCACCCCGAUUUAGCAGUUGACCCACUCAACAUAUUGCGUCCUCACAGCAAGUUGAUUCACCAGUUGCCACUGGUCAGUGCGUAUUCUUCUUUUGCAAGAACGGUUGGUCUUGGAUAUGAGCAGCAUAAGCGGAGAAUGGACAGCUCAACAAAUGAACCUUUAUUUACAAAUGUCACUAGAGAUUUUAUUGGCUCUCUUGAUUAUAUAUUUUACACAGCGGAUUCAUUGGUCGUGGAGUCAUUACUGGAGCUAUUGGAUGAGGAGAGUUUGCGGAAAGACACAGCUCUACCUUCUCCUGAAUGGUCCUCAGAUCAUAUAGCACUCUUAGCUGAGUUUCGCUGUUGCAAAAAUAUAUCCAGGCGAUGACUCAUAAGUCUUAACUCAUAAGGACAGAUCCAGCGACACGUAAAGAAAAAAGUUGAAAGAAGCAUCUCGUUGAUAAGUUAUUGUUGUAAAAGUAGUGGUAGAUCAUGCCUUUGUCUUUUUUCUCAGGUAUCUCCAUCUGGGGUUCCUUGCUAUGAUCUGCUUUGUAUUAUGCCACCUUUGUUUUAUAGAAAAAUAUGAUAAUGCCUUACUGACA